AUGGGCCUCCGCCCCGGAACCGCUCCAGGGUACAGCUAUGCCACCUUGGCGGCAUGUAUGCCCGUGCCCCGCGACUCAGCCAGACGAGAUAGUCGCAGCCAGCAUUUGACCGACUCUCGACGCGUGUCGGUGGACAGCGUUGCUCGAGCUCAGAUAGACCGACGAUACUCAAGAGACUCGCCACCGCCGCGCUUCCGUGCAGAGACAGGGCCUUCGGGUGCCUACACAAGCCUCCCAUCCGGCCUCAUGGUUCACAAGGGCGCCAUCAACGCCAAAGACCGCCGCAUCGACGCUUCGGCAAAGUCAAAAGGCAACACCGCGUCACACCAGGCUGCAAACCCGAAGCCGUCGAGGCACAGGGCUAGCAGGGAUCAAGAACCAGAACAGCGCGCCUCCGCCCGGUCGCGACAAAGAAAAAGCACAUCCAAACAGCCCGCCGAGGGCCAGCAAGCCCGACGACGCCCCUUCAGCCUCAGCAGCGCCCAAUCCAAGGACACUAGACGGUCGUCCGUGAAAUCGAAGAAGCAGUCGGACCAGAAGAGCAAGGGCAAGUCGAAGGGUAUGUUUGGCUUGGGCUGCUUUGGUCUCUGA